UUCGUUCUCUCCGAACGUUUUUGUUUCUUAACUUUUUGGGCACUCACUACACUCUGAAUAAACAAAAAGAAAUGGAAUAUUUUCCAUAAUUCAUUAAAUCUUCAAUUGUUUACAGAUGGGCGGAGGCGGCAAUAAAGCGGAAGAUAGAAAAAAAGCAAAUUGUAAUCAAAACAAAUGGAAUCUGAGAGCGCUGAGAAUGAUAAGCGCUAAGAACUACUUACACACAUAUAUUAUAUUUGCGUACAUACGAGUAUAUAUGUAUGUAUGUAUAUCAAAGCAUAAGCGACAAGCAAACACUGGCCGCUUUUAUCCACUCGCGUAACAAACCGAUUAAAGAAAGUACCUUGGCGCUCCCACUGAUAAAUGUGAACGAACAAAACACUAGUCGAGUAUCGAGUUGAAAUAUUUAGUUGUGCGAAAAACUCGGAGAGAACAAGUUACGUGAUACGUGCAUGUGUUUGGGGGAAGCGAAUUGGCAGAGCAAAGAAAAUAUUGAAGAACAAAGCAAAUAUUAAACAAAUAGUGAAAUUAUCAGCAGCACACAUUGUAAUAAAUAUAUAAUACAUACUUACAUUCGCGCUGGGACACAAAUGCAAAUGCGAAAAUCGAAAUCAAUUGAUAAUAAAAGAAAAUCGCAAAAACUAAUAAAUAAUUCACCCGACAAAGCAGACAAUGUUUCCAAAUACCGCCGCUCGUCUAUCGUACGCAGUGCAAACCGUACUGCGACAUAAAGUCAAGCCAAAGCACAUAGGAUGCCGCUGUUUCGCAACGAGUAGCAAAGCCGACCCGCCCACUGUCACUGCCGAGCAUCCGCUUAGCGGCGUACGAAUACUCGACAUGACGCGUAUCAUCUCCGGUCCCUACUGUACCAUGAUUUUAGCUGAUAUGGGUGCGGAAGUAAUCAAGAUCGAGCGACCCUUUUAUGGUGGCGAUGAAGCGCGCAAAUGGGGACCGCCAUUUUUGUCACAGAGUAAAGAUUCCACAUAUUUUCUAGCGGUUAAUCGUAAUAAAAAGAGCGCUGCCAUAGAUCUUAAGCGCGGCAAAGACAUCAUUUAUGAAUUAGCCAAAAAGUGUGACGUACUUGUGGAGAAUUAUGUGCCCGGUAAGCUGGCUGAAUAUGGUUUGGGCUAUGAACAAGUACGCAAGGUGGCGCCACAACUUAUAUAUUGUUCCAUGACCGGUUAUGGCUCCGUAGGGCCAUAUGCCAAACGUCCGGGCUAUGAUGUAAUCGCGUCGUCCAUGAGUGGGCUAGUGCACAUAACAGGUCAACCAGAUGGCCCACCCUGCAAAGUGGGUACGGCUGUAACGGAUAUAGCAACUGGCCUAUAUGCGCACGGUGCUAUUUUAGCCGCACUACUGCAACGGCAACGCACGGGACAUGGCCAAAAAAUCGAUGUCGAUCUCUUAUCGACAGGCGUGUCAUUGUUAAUAAAUGUGGCUAGCAAUUAUUUGAAUGCCGGCAUUGAGGCACACCGCUGGGGCACAGCACAUUCCAGUAUUGUACCGUAUCAGAGCUUCAAGACCGCCGAUGGUUAUCUCACACUUGGCACUGGUAGUGAUGAUCAAUUUAGAGAAUUGUGCCGUUUACUUCAAAUUACUGAUAUUGCGGAUAAUGCCAAGUUCAAAACUAAUAAGGAUCGCGUUAGUAAUCGUAACGAAUUGAUAGCUUUAUUGGAAAAUAUUUUGGCUAAAAAAUCGUCAAAAGAUUGGAUGGAAACAUUUGAAGGCGCAUCAUUUCCAGUGGGUCCAGUAAAUAAUAUACGUGAAGUGUUUGAGGACGAGCACAUACAGUCUAUUGGUUUGGUAAAAACCUUACAACAUCCCUGUGAUGGAAGUAUUAAGGUGGUCGGACCACCCGUUGUCUACAGUGAGUCUAAAAAUGAUGCACGCACAGCACCGCCUAUGAUGGGCAAACACACUGAUGAAGUGCUAUCGGAACUGCUGGGCUUUAGUGUCAAACAGAUUGCAAAUCUUAGAGGUAAAAAGGUCAUUGAAUAAAACUUAAAAGAAGGUUUAAUGCAUAUCAUUCAGUAAACGAAAAAAGUGCAUUUAUUUAAGAAUUAAGUUUUGUCAAGUGUUUAUUGCUUGCACUAAUAGUUAAAGAUUAGCCGUUAAGGGUUAAGGGUCUAUUAAAACCAGCGCAAAAAAUAUUAUGAAUUUUCUGAUAAAUUUUAAUA